CUCAUUCAUACAUGUACUCCUCAAUAGCUAAUCUCUAAGUCCAAUUCUGUGUCUAUUUUUAUACAUAUUGUAGCCAGAAAAAGACGAGAACUAAUCAACUAAUAGGAUUGCGAGUGAAAUGAACAUAGAGAGGGAGGAGAGUUUGCACUAUAAAUGCGGACAAGACAAACUGGGAAUCACACUAGGAAACUAUCAACACUGGCUACGGUGCUCACCUGCUACAGUCAAGAGCAAAGCAGAAGACACCCUCUCAAGACCAGAAAGCCUCAGGUGACUUUCCAUAACCAUGGCAAAGGUUUUCAAGAAGACUAGUGGCAAUGGUUCGUUAUGCCUUUAUUUGGGGAGAAGAGACUUUGUGGACCAUGUGGAACAUGUUGACCUAGUUGAUGGGGUGCUCAAAGUUGAUCCUUCAGCUCUUAAUGGAAGAAAAGUGUGGAUACAGCUUGCAUGUGCCUUCCGCUAUGGACGAGAGGAUCUGGAUGUGAUUGGAGUUUCCUUCAGAAAAGACAUCUGGAUAAAGCGCAUUCAGAUGUAUCCCUCUGAGGGAACCAAGACCCCAAACACUCCAAUGCAGGAUGCGCUUUUGAAGAAAGCUGGAGACCAAGGAUAUCCCUUCACUUUUGAUAUUCCAGCACAUCUUCCAUGCUCAGUGUCCCUUCAACCAGCACCAGAGGAUGCCGGGAAGCCUUGUGGGGUUGACUAUGAAGUCAAAGCCUAUAUUGCAAAUGAAGAUGACGAGACAGAUGAAAAAGUUGACAAGAAGGACACUUGCCGUCUGAUUAUUCGUAAAAUCCAGUAUGCACCAAAUGAGCUAGCAGCCGGACCUAAAACUGACCUCAACAAACAGUUUAUGACUGCAGACAAACCAAUUCAUGUGGAGGCCUCCAUGGAGAAAGAGCUCUACUAUCAUGGAGAUCCCAUUCCUGUCAAAGUGAAAGUGAAUAAUGAAACCAGUAAAGUAGUGAAGAAAAUCAAAGUCAGCGUUCACCAAAUUACAGAUGUACUGCUUUACUCAGCGGACAAAUACCACAAAUGUGUCCUGAGUGAAGAAUUUGCGGACCAAAUUAAUGCGAACUCCACCUUUGAGAAGGAAUAUAGAGUCACUCCUCUGCUUGCCAAUAACAAAGAGAAACGUGGUCUUUCACUGGAUGGCAAACUGAAAGAUGAAGACACUAACCUGGCUUCUUCAACAAUUCUGCUACCCAACAUGGAUAAACAAAUGCAAGGCCUUGUUGUUUCCUACAAAAUUAAGGUUACCCUGGUAAUGGGAGGUGGUCUCUUGGGAAGCCUAACAUUAAGUGAUAUUACCGCAGAACUCCCCUUGGUUCUGAUGUCACCUAAACCAGCAGGACUGAUAUCAACCUUGAAUAGACUCUACAGCCAGUGAGAGAGGAGCAAGUCGGAAGGAGAAACGCUCAGGAAUAGAUGCAGAUUCCAAACAACCUCAUUUCAUGAGCCAUAGACUAUAGAUGCUUCCUUGCUGCAAAUACCUGUGUAAAAGAAAUUAGCUGUAUAAUGUUAAAAAUGGGCUAAAGGCCUUGUACACUAAGGUGAACUCAAUGACAUUGAAAUCAAGCAUUGGUCUAAUGCUGAUGUCAGGUUUAUUUCUUCUGCCUUUAUCAUGGGAUCUCAGAUUAACAAUGAUUUAGUUUCUUUUUGUAUGUGAAUGUAAAAUAUGAGUAGUAAUGAACAACUUACGAUAAAUGUAUUAUUAUAAUUAUAUUAAAUUGUAUUCGUUUUUGUUUUCCUGUCUGUGGUGAUGGUGAAAUUAAUAAACAUUGGACUGUUAU